CCCUCCGCCCCGCGCAUGCCCGGCCCGGCCCGGCCCGCCCAGCCCCGCCGUACCGCGGCCCAUGACGGAGAGCGACGGCGCCGGCAGCCGCCAUGGCGGCCCGCCUGCUGCGGCCGCUGCCCAGACUGAAGCCAUUUAACAGACUGCAAGUAACGUUACAGCAUUUGAAAAUGUGUAAACAUACAGAUUCUUCAGAUGAAGUGUUGUUGGAAAAGAAAGGAGGUGCGGGAAUAAUAACUUUGAAUAGACCCAAGGCUCUCAAUGCACUAAAUCUUUCUAUGAUCCAACAAAUCUUUCCACAAAUAAAGGCUUGGGAGCAAGAUCCUGAAACGUUUCUAAUAAUCAUAAAGGGAGCUGGAGGAAAAGCUUUUUGUGCUGGUGGUGACAUCAGAGCCAUCACAGAUGCAGGAAAAGUUGGAGACAGACUGGCACAAGAUUUCUUCAGAGAAGAAUAUACCCUGAACAAUGCCAUUGGCACUUGCAAGAAGCCUUAUGUGGCACUUAUUGAUGGCAUUACAAUGGGAGGGGGAGUUGGCCUUUCAGUCCAUGGACAUUUCCGAGUUGCUACAGAAAAGACUCUUUUUGCAAUGCCAGAAACAGCAAUAGGCCUUUUUCCUGAUGUUGGUGGAGGAUAUUUCUUGCCAAGACUUUCAGGAAAGAUUGGCUAUUACCUUGCACUAACAGGAUUUAGGCUGAAAGGAAGAGAUGUGCUAAAAGCGGGCAUCGCUACACAUUUCAUAGAAUCAGAAAAGCUACCUGACUUAGAGAAAGACCUGAUAGCAUUGAAAUCUGCUUCAAAAGAAAAUAUUGCAGACUUACUGAACUCUUACCACGUGAAGAGCAAAAUUGAUCAAGAAAAGGAGUUUGUACUUGAUGAACACAUGGAGAAGAUUAACAGUCUUUUUUCAGUAAAUAGCAUGGAAGAAAUUGUUAAAAAAUUAAGGGAAGAUGGUUCUCCUUUUGCCAUUAAGCAGCUAGAGACUAUUAAUAAGAUGUCACCGACGUCCUUAAAGAUGACUCUCAGACAGCUCAGAGAAGGAGCUUCCAUGAGCUUACAAGACGUGCUCACGAUGGAAUACAGACUGAGCCAAGCAUGCAUGAGAGGCCAUGACUUCUAUGAAGGGGUUCGAGCAGUGCUGAUUGACAAAGACCAAUCCCCCAGAUGGAAGCCAGCUGCUUUAGAAGAAGUCAGCGAUGAAUUUGUGGACAAUUGUUUUAAGCCACUGGGAAGCAACGAUCUCAAGUUGUAAUGAUCGAGUCCAUUGACAUCUUACACAAGUGCUUAAUUUUGUGAUGCAAAAAUGAAUAGCAGUGUGGUAAAGCUUGACAAGACUUUUAGCUAGCCUGAGAUUUGUAAGUCUGUUUUUUUUGUGAUCAGGUACUUUUUCCUAAGCUACUGUAAUGACAAAAUAAUCAUCUCUCUUAUUAACAAGGGGAAAAAUGA